AUGACGACAAUCAACGCAGAGAGCCACUUUGAGUUCACGAUCGAUAAUGUGGAUACGCUGAAAGAUCCCGUAUUCACUCCGCCAUUCGCAACUGAUUAUGACUUAUUCUGGCAGUUGAAAUUCACCAAGACAUUCCCUCAAAAUCCAGACUAUUCUGCUCUCUUCCUUUAUGCCAUUCCAACGCCAGAGGAGAAGAAGACGUACGCAAACUGGAUUAGAAGAAGAGAUUAUACUGCCGCGAUUUCUAUUAAAGAUACUGAAAAUAAUACUCAUCUCGGCUGGUUUUGUCCGCGUACCGACCGAUUCUCGUUACGUUGGAAAGGGCAAGGUACAAAACGAAUAUGUCGCGCCGAUACGCUUCCUGAAAAAAUAACAAUCGGCGUCCAUUUCAAUCGCACAUCACUGCAGUCCACGUUUCACAAUAAUCCCCUUCCUCCGGAACCGUACCCAGAGGAACUUGCUCUUGCAUGGGGAAGACAGUUGGAGAUUACACAGCAGAGCAGAUGUAAUAAAGAGAGCAAUUUACAGGAAGUAGCAGAUGUCAAAUUUGUUGUCGAAGAUAGAGAUAUUUUUGCACAUAGCUGGAUUUUGGAAGAGAGAUCAGAAUAUUUCAGAGGAUUGUUUCGAGGACGGUGGAUUGAGACUACACGUAAAAAUGACAAUAAGAAGGAUGAGGACGAAAGCGUAAAACAGGGCAUGAAUGAUGACCCUGAAACAAAUAACGGCAUCAAUACCAGCAGCACUACUACUACCGAUGAUAAAGACCACUUAACAAAAUAUACUAUUCAUGUCCCAGACUUCCAUCCAACAACUUUUUAUGCUUUCCUCCAAUUUCUCUAUACAAACACUAUCCACUUUGCCGAAGACGACUCAACUCCUACCACUCCAUACGACAUGCUUCUCAUAUCUGACAAAUACCUGGUCACUUCCCUCCGUGAUAUAGCAAAGAUGCAACUAAUUGAGAAUCUCACGCCUUAUAAUGUAAUGGAAAUUUUGCUUAAAAAAGUCAGAAGUUACGAAGAUAUCAGAAGUGAAGUCAUGGUCUAUGUGAAGGACAAUAUAGUAGAAAUCGAAAAGACAAGUGUUUGGAAAAAUAUAAUACAUAUGUGUGAUGAAGGCGUGCGCGAAGCAGAAGAAAUCGAAAGUGGCGAAGGAAGUGACGAUUUUCUGAGAGCCGGAGAUACUAGCGAUUAUGUAGAAAUCAUGAAUGAACUUGUGCAGUUUUUGCGAGAGCAGAAGAUUCGGCUUUCUCACGACAAAGAUCCUGAGGAUGCACCAAUGUCUAUUGAUAAUUCGCUCAUAUAG